UUGGUCCGCCUCUCUCCUCCCGACCAGUUCGGCUGUUCUCGUCGCGGACCGUUCAAGUGGAGGAGGAAAAGGAAAGGAGAGGGGAGAGAGAGAGAGAGAGACUGGUCGCACUGGGAAGGAAAAAAAAGUAAACGAAAUUAAAUAUUAACAUCAACCGUCAGCGAAAAGUGAGAGCGGUACGAAUCGGCAGCUUUAUGAAGACGCCAGCGAGGUCCACGUAGAGCUGGUUGUCCCACAGUAUAUGGUGUAAACACAUUAGCUAGCUAGUGUAGUUGUGACAUUGCGCCGUGAGCGACACAGCGGAGGGAAAGGUCUCCUCCCAGUCUGUUGACGGAUACAGUUUGGCUUCAUUGACGGGAGACACGGCUAGACCUGACUGUAGGCUACACAACACAACACCGGCCAGAUGUGUGGAUCACUGGGUUCUGAACUGUACGGACUAAGUGCUAUAGAUAAAGACACUAAUAGACAGCAUGUGACUCGUCGUUCAUCACUCCUGAAGUUAUCACCCGUUUUCCUGCAGGCGUCAAGUUCAGCGCUGUAUUGCCCAGGAUGUCUUCCAAGGCUCACAGUUCCAAUAACAUCGCCCAUGCUCGGCGGACGGUGCAGCAGCUGAGAAUAGAGGCCAGCAUUGAGAGGAUAAAGGUAUCCAAGGCCUCUGCAGACCUUAUGAACUACUGCAGUGAACACGCCAGAAACGACCCUCUCCUUAUGGGCAUCCCUGCCUCAGAAAAUCCCUUCAAGGACAAAAAGCACUGCACUAUAUUGUAGUGGAUGCCACGUAGCCUUUAUGCGUUUAUUUGUUUGCUUAUUAAUGUUGCUGUAUUCUUUUUGCUGGGAGGAGUGAAGGGUGGACUGCGAUCGUAUCAUUACCAUGUGUUCACCGGUUCUGUUAACAAGUCAGCAAUUCAACCAGGAGUUUCUCAAAAACAGCAGUUCGUAGUGAGCAAAAGAAGGCCCCACUAAUGCCACUGUUCAGUUUGAGCUCUGACCAUUAACUGUUAAGACUUGGGCUGCUUGAGUUGCAAUGGGCAUCAGGUACAUAAUGUUGCUUAAAUAGUAAUCAACAGCAGAAUAUUGUAAUAGCACUGGCACUCCUCCGUGAUGGAUUUGGUCCAUACCCUACUGUAUUACUCUCACGUCCAUUGGGAAGUGACUGUUACUGUCUCUCUGGUUUGCCUUAAAUGGAUCCCUACAGCCGAAGUUUCCCUUCAGUCCUUAAAAAGCAUAUUAGUUUUAAGAUGGAUAAUAAUGGCUCUUAUCAUGUGGCUUCAGUCUUCCCACCAGUUCCGAUCACUGAAUUCCAGUGUUGUAGUAUUCAAGAUCGGUCUUGGUCUUAAGACCGGUCUCAAGACCACUUUUUGAAGGUCUCUGUCUCGUCUCGGAAUCGACCUCAUAUUUAAUCGGGCUGGUCUCUGAUCCGGAUAAAGUGGACUUGGGAAUGUAUUUCAAGACCGGUCAAGACCACAACUGCAGGGAUAUCACUAAGUGGCCUAAUUGUCCUAGUUAACAGCAUUACUGUGAUUGGAUGUAAAACUUCCUGCUUCAAAUGCAACCAAUAACUUGACUUAUUUCUAAUUUCACUCCCAAGAAAGUGAAUGCGAGAGACAGGAGAGGCUCUGGCAGUCUGG